AUGUUUGUAGGGUGAAACCUCCCGGGCUGGGCACCGCGGGCCCUCAGAGGCGCUUAAAGCAGCCUCAUUAGAGCAGUUUGACCGAUUUACCCAUCGCGUGCCAACGCAGCGCUUCUCGUGACUGCGAGACAGAUGCUUCUCAGGCAAAUGCUGGCUGCACUGCAGGAAGCGUGGCGAGGCGGCUCCGCGCAGCUCUGCUUCCCUCUCACAAACGGACAAACAUGACCCGCAUCCCGCUUUAAAACGUGGUUCUGGGAGCGAUGAUGGCUGGAGCUGAGGUCACUGUAUCUUCAGGGCAGCUGAUGAAGGUGAAGGAAGAGGAGGGGGAAUGCAGUGGCAACAACCACACGACUCAAGUCAUACUGCACCUACAUGGGAUAAACUAUGACACUCCUGAGAGUGGAGCCUCAGACUUCACCAUCGAGACUCCACAAAACAACAGGAUAUCCAAGGGAGAAGAGAUCGAGUAUGGCUACCCCAUCACUUGUGGAAACAGCAGGGCAGUGCUGUUGUUUAAGAAGUUUGUGUGUCCUGGCAUCAAUGUCAGAUGUGUCAAAUUUAAUGACCAGCUCAUCAGCCCAAAGCAGUUUGUACACCUGGCAGGCAAAGCCACUUUAAAGGACUGGAAGAGGGCCAUCAGACUGGGAGGGGUUAUGCUCAGGAAAAUGAUGGACUCUGGGCAAAUAGAUUUCUACCAGCACGACUCUGUGUGCAACAACACCUGCCGCAGCACUAAAUUUGAUGUGAUCAACAACACAUGGCCUCCUCCGGGGACCUUGAUGCAGCCGGGCUUGUCGUGCUUGGCUCUCGACCCUAGUGGGGGACAGGUGCCUCCCUCGACAGGAGAUGUUCAUAAUUCAGAGGAGGUAGAGGGAGCUUUGAAGGAUAGGUUUAGUGCAACGGCAGAGAGGAGCGAUGGUCCACCGCAGCCUCUAAAGGCCACAACAGCUAAUGGACUUCGUGCCAAGAGGAAAAGGGUUGACAUGACUGAUGGAGUGCUUGGUCUGUGGAGGGCUGUGGCAGACUCUGGGCUGAUGGGGGAGGUCCUUUCCAGCCUCCAGACUGAACUUCUAACUACCUUUCAAGGAGUGGAGCUUCGCGGCAAGAAGGCCAACCUGCAGGAGACAGACGCCCUGAUUCUUCACUCCUUAUGUGAGAUGUUUGGGCUCUUGGAUUCAGUGAAACAAGCUGUGGACAUGAGACGCAGUCAGACUAAAGAGAGCAAAACCCAAAACAGUGUUUAUGCGCUGGAUGACAUCUUGGAAGGCGAGGGGAAGCGAACUUGCAAUAGAAACAGAUCUGAUCAAAUUUCAUCCUUAGAACAUGUUGGAUAUCAUCAUCAGAGCCAGAUGAACAGCUGUAACCAGAACCAGCUGUUGUCGACGGUGAUCCAUCCGCUCUCUGUUACUGGUUAUUCUGCAUCUCACGCUCAGCUCUUCACAGAGGAGCUGAACAUCAGCAAAAUUGGGAAUCAGCUGGGAGAAGAGGACACAGCAGGGAUGCACAAAAAGAUUGGAGAGAGGACAGUAAAGUUUCUGCAAGACUCGCAAAUUAGAAGCGAGGAGUUGGAGGCAAAAAAUGGCACAAAACGCACUCAGAAUAGUAUAAUUAAGAGAAAGCCAUCAGAGAAAAGGAAAAGCAAGUGAAACAGGAGGAUUCUCUGGAACUAAUUGAAGGGAUGAGCAAGAGGUGAGGAGAUAAGAAUUAGAAUUACUUUGUGAAACUAUAUGUUUUCAGGGUGUGUUCUACUGCGGGAGGCUGCUGUCAUGGUGAUUUGUAUCUGUAUUUAAGGAGGUGGUACAUGCCAAAGUAAUAUUCGCACAAACCCUUGGAUCUAAGUAAUUCCCAGAAGAAGGUGGGAUUGUAAUGAGGUUGUUGACCUUCCCUGGCAGUGGUUUAAAUGUUGUGACUGGCUGGUGUAUAAACAGGGGUCAGUGGAGUUGUAAUUCAGGCAGCAGCGUUACGAGCAAGCAAUUUUUCCUGAGUUGAGCUUGCAGAUGACAAAAAGAUGAUUUUGCACAUUCAGCUAAAAGCAUAACGGAGCCGAGCUGAGUAGCUGAUGAAACUCUGUUUUAAUAUUAACUGAGGAAAUAAAGAUCGUCAUUUGAAUAAUCGUUAGUUGCAACCUUGAAGCACAGAGUUUUCUCUCAUCUAGUAGGUUUGACAGAACAGAGCACAUAUUCUUUUCUAAGAGUAUCUGAUUUUUUUUUGCCCCAAAACUUUGAUUUAAAAUAUUUAUUCUGUGGAUUCAGUUUAAAAUCUUACAUGAAGCGGUUUGGGUUUUAUAUAUUGUAUUCUUUCUCACGGAGGCUUGAUUUUAAGCCUCUUACCUAAUGGUGCUUGACACAAGCCUUAGAUCUAUGCACCAGACGCUCACUACCUAAAGAAUAGAUUCAAUAUUGAAUUCAGUUAGCAAAAAUAAGAUAUAAAGUGUCCGUGUUGUUGCUUUGCAGGACACUUUAUAUUAACGUGUGCUAUACAGAAUCACAUAUGUUACAUCCUUACCUGUCAUUUCAUAGAAAUAUAAAUGGGAAUAUAUGUUAUAAACAUCAAAAAAGUGACUCAAAAAAGGCACUGAAAGUUGAGAACAGCCUCAAUAGAUAUUAAAUUACAGUUUAGAUUAAAACCAGAUGCAAUAUUUGUCUUCACUCUGCUCAGUUUAUUGAUUCUUUCAAUCUUGGCUAUGAUGACAAGAUGCCGGUAGUCCCACUGACAGCACAGACAGGAAGAGGGAUCAGUGCGGGGAGCCAAUAAAUUACGCACAACAGUCGAUUUGUUUGAAGUUGUUGGUUUUAAUCUGAUGGGUUUCAUUAAUCUAUCUCAUCAUCUUUGGAUCAGCUAAUUAUUCAAACUGUGUCACUCUGUGUUGUAAAUUCUUCGUUUCCUAAACGAGAAGCUGACGCACAAAUUCAUCAGGAAAAGUUGCCCUUCUUCUCUCCGGGUUCAUCUUUCAGUCAUGUCAGAUUUCCACUGGCAUAAUGAUCACAGACGUCGGUCACUGUCUUUUUUUUUUCUCUUUUUAAUGACAUGACAUCACGUCCAACCAGGUUCCCUGCAGCUGUGAUUUGCUGCUCUUGUUAAGGUCUGUGCUGCGUGCCGAGACCGUGUGAUCUACAGUGAUGGGUUGCGUUUGACAACUUCUCUCACAACUGCGAUGACAUGCAAUUAUAAAGGCGUGCACAACACUGCCUGUGCAGAUGUAGUUAUUUGUUAGGGCUCAUAUGAGUGGCAGCUGAUAAAAUGACUAUCAUAACAGAGCAGUUCUCAACAUCUCUGCCAACACCUGUCCUGCUGUUGGAAUUAAGCGUUAUUUUCUAACAUCCUGUUAUUGCAAAUUAAAGUGUUGUGCCGUUAAAUAUGCUCAAGUCAAAGUGCCGUCUUUGUGUUAAUAAAUUGGUACCCUUUGACUUGAAUAUCAGAGUCUAAAACGUCUUCCGUGCAUCAUGCAGGUGUAAUUACAGGUGUCAUCUUGACAUAUGUUGUGGCACUUUUGUUAAAUUAAGUAAUUUGGUGCACAGUGCAUCAUUCAUCUGUCAUUCAGCGUUAACAGCAUUAGAGCCUGCAGAGAGGGCUGAUGUCGGCAGUGUUAGAUGCAUCUCUUUGGCCACUCGUAAUUUAAUACACAGCUUUAAUGUCCACACACCGCAACAAAUUGAAUGAUGAAUUGCCUGCAUGAUGGCAUUUUUGGAUCCAGCUGAAUCCUGGAGCAACAGAUAAUGUGUCAACUGUACCGUGUUUCAUAUUGGGGCAGUCUUGCUGUGACACCAACUCUUGUGCACGGUGUUUAAUUUGAAAGAUGAAUAA